ACUGCCCUCUGUGCUCGGCCCUCGAAACAGAAAUUUGAGCUGGAAUUCGGCAGAGCCGCUCUCGUCAGACCAGUAAAGCUGUCUCUCUUGCGCGACCUUGCGAGAAAAAUGGCAGCUUUAUCAACAUCGAAAAAUAUGCUGAAAGUGACUACAAAGUUGCUCUCUCGACGAUGUUUCUCGACAGGGCGUGCCCUGGCCGGACAGCAGAUGACAGUGAGGGACGCCCUAAACUCGGCCCUGGACGAAGAGAUGGAACGAGAUGACCGAGUGUUUAUUCUGGGCGAGGAAGUUGCCAUGUAUGACGGCGCCUACAAAGUGAGCCGCGGCCUGUGGAAAAAAUAUGGUGACAAACGGGUCAUCGACACGCCGAUCACAGAGAUGGGUUUCGCUGGCAUCGCCGUCGGCGCCGCCAUGAACGGUCUGCGGCCCGUGUGCGAGUUCAUGACCUUCAACUUCAGCAUGCAGGCCAUCGACCAGGUCAUCAACUCAGCGGGCAAGACUUUCUACAUGUCUGCCGGCGAGGUGAACGUGCCCAUCGUUUUCAGAGGUCCUAACGGCGCCGCGGCCGGCGUCGCCGCACAGCACUCGCAAUGUUUCGGCGCCUGGUACAGCCAUUGUCCGGGCCUCAAGGUCAUCUCGCCAUUUAGCAGCGAGGACGCAAGGGGUCUGCUCAAGGCAGCCAUCCGCGACCCUGACCCAGUGGUCUUCCUUGAGAAUGAGCUGCUGUACGGCACGCCCUUCGAAAUGUCUGACGAAGCGCUGUCCAAGGACUUCGUGCUGCCAAUCGGCAAGGCCAAGAUCGAGCGUCCCGGACAGCACCUCACGCUGGUGUCGCACUCAAAGGCCGUAGACACGUGCCUUGAGGCGGCAAAGCUGCUGGCUAGUGAAGGCGUCGAGUGCGAAGUCAUCAACCUCCGGUCCCUGCGUCCGCUUGACAUGGACACGGUGCUCAAGUCAGUCUCCAAGACGCACCGCCUGAUCACUGUGGAACAGGGCUGGCCCCAGAGCGGCAUCGGCGCUGAGAUCUGCGCCAGGGUGAUGGAGUCAGAGGUCUUUUUCCAGCUGGACGCCCCAGCUGUCCGCGUCACCGGCGCUGACGUCCCCAUGCCCUACACCAAGAGCCUCGAAGUCGCUGCCAUUCCCCUGCCGCCAGAUGUGGUUCGUGUUGCCAAGAAGCUGCUUGGCCUCAAGUGAAGCCUCAAGCUGUCACCAUUGUGAACAAACUGAUUGUGAAUUCUCAUCUUUCUUAUUUCCGUUCAACUCAGCUACAAUUUUUUCUUGUCUAACCUGUUAUAUAUUUAUUUGUUGGAAUGAUUGGUUCAUUUUUGGCUCCGAGAGCUGUUUGUCCUCACCUCAUUAGUCAAAAUUAAUUUAGAAAGGGGAGAAUGCAAUUGUACAGUGACCUUGCCACCUGCAUAUGCUUAAAAGAGGCCAUUAUGUAGAUAGUGUACAACACACAAGUCGGAAAUUUACUUGAAUUUUUUUGCGCGAAGACAGACAAGUGAUGUUAGAUUACAAUAAAAUGGAAACACAACAUGUUGGUUAUAUGUUAAAA